AUGAAUGACGACGACCGGACCGCAGGAGACCCCCAAAGGCCUCGCCUUGAUGGCGAGACACUUAUGGAGCUUUUUGGGGGCUUCCUGCGUACUAUAAACCCGACACUCGUUGACGGCUUCGAGGCCUACCUUAGACAAUUCGUCGAAAGGAAAAGCCUCGAGGGCAGCCGACAGGGUGUCUCGGGCGAGGACCCACACGACAUUACAGAAACGACAGACAAAAAUAACUCGAAGUUCGCCUCGGAGGAAGUGAAAGCGGACCUGGUGGCCAAGGGUAUCGAGGCGGUGGAAGUCCACCGACUUCACAGUAGGAAGAAGGGUCACUAUGACAUGGUCUUAGUGAAAAUAACAAAAAAUGACAGACAACAUGACAUUUUCCAAAUCAAAGAGGUCUGCCAUCUGCAUGGGGUCAGGGCCGAGUACCCGCGGGCGCACGGGCUGGGAGCUGCAGUGCUACCGCUGCCAAGGCAGAGGCCAUACACAGCGGAUGUGCACUGCACCCCCCAGACGCCAACUAAGACCAAGGAAAGCGCCAGGCCCCGAUGGUAUCCCCACACGACUACUCAAAACACUCAACAACACACACAUACAGCUACUCACCGACAAAUUCAACGCCGCUCUGACGAACAGCCACUUUCCAGAAGCCUGGAAGAUGGCUACCGUCAUCGGCAUCCCCAAACCGGGGAAAACACCACAGACCCUACAUCAUACAGACCCAUCAGCCUGCUCAGCACCCUGGGGAAACUCUACGAGAAAGUCGUCCUAACACGAAUCCAGACUUGGUGUAAUGAGGAAGACAUCCUCAUUCAGGAGCAGUUUGGCUUUCGAGCCAGACACUCCUGCGUACACCAAGUCCACAGGAUCGUGGAACAUGUUCUGGACGGCUUCUCACGCUUAAAUGGGCUGAAGACCGGGGCGAUCUUUCUAGACGUGUCGAAAGCCUUCGACGGGGUCUGGCAUUCUGGCUUGAUAUACAAGUUAUAUCAACUAGGCAUACCAGAUCGUCUGCUGCAUCUUGUAGCAGACUUCCUGUCGAACCGGCUUUUCCGAUAUCGGGUAGAAAGCACGCUCUCGGCUCCCCACCCCAUAAGAGCCGGAGUCCCCCAGGGUUCUGCGUUGUCUCCUCUACUCUACUCAUUAUACACUAACGACAUCCCCCACACACCAUUAGUCGAGCUGGCCCUGUUCGCUGAUGAUACCGCACUCUACUUCACUCACCACACAGACACAGUCAUCCACAAACACCUCCAGAGAGCCACCAAUGCCUUAGCGUAUUGGUGUAAACUCUGGAGGAUAGAAGUCAACCCUGACAAAAGCUCCGCCACCAUAGGCUUCCACCCCACGAACACUCACCACAGAAACAUGAGACACAUUACACUAAACAACACGCCAAAACACUUCACCACACACACCAAAUACCUCGGGGUCACCCUGGACUACAAGAUGUCUUUCAGAGAACAUAUAGCCAAGGUCAAAGAGAAGGCGCAGUUUGUUUCCGCAGACUGGGGCCCAUGCUCAGCCAAAAAAGCAAAAUAUCCGCCGGGAACAAACUGUUAUCAGACCGAUUUUUUCAUACGCCUGCCCAGUCUUUACAUACCAGGGGGAGCAUAGAUUAAAGCCUCUACAGACUUUCCAAAACAAAAUCCUGCGAAGAAUAAACAAAGCUCCCUGGUAUGUAAGGAAUACAGACAUCCACAGAGACUUAAAAAUCCCCUCAGUAUACGACUUCCUACGUAAAUCCACCCGACACUACCUUGACAACGUCCCACACCACUCAAAUCCCCUCAUCAAAAACUCCCGUUAGGAGACCGAAGGACGCUUUAAACGACUCGACUCACUCGACGGACUACAUUACAAAAGCUUUAGAGGACAUUGACAGUAGGACAAUAAACAAUGACACGACGAUACA